CGGGGAGGAAUGCAGGGAUAGAGGAGUGAAAGGGGGAUUCCCUCCCCUACCCACCUCACACUGCCGGUCAAUUGAUACGAAUCCACCCACUUUAUAAGUUUGCUGUGGGUUGUUCCAAGUUCAAGCUAUUCUUUGCAUCCCGGCCCAGCCCUCCCCUCCCACACAGGACCUCUGGGCUACCCAAUCAGCGGGCGUGCAGAGAAUGCAGGCGGUUCUCUCCGCUGUUACUAAAUCAACCGCUUCGCAGAAACAAUGAGGUCCUUGAGUUCGGGUCCGGGUGGAAUGUGUCGCUGCUCCUGAGCUCCCAGUCAAGUCGCACGUCGAGACAGGGGACACUGGAUUGAGUACAUUGGCUCACAGUUUGAUAGAAAGUCUCACUGCAAGAUUUUAUUUAAUUACAACCCGCUGGAUUUUGUUGUUUUUUUAAAAAAAAAAUCCGACUGCAUUUUAAAAACAAUCUAGGUGGACGGGAGUUGGCGGGGGCAGAUUGUGGGCAAACGGCGAUGGUUGGCAGCUUAAAUCUCCAGGAGGUGACUGGUCCCCUGGUGGAGCCGAAGCGGCUGGGGGAAAGAGUGCUGGAUAGUCCCGACUCGGGACUGCCGCCGAGCCCGAGCCCUACGCCCAGCGUUUGGCUCCCCUCCCCGGGGAGUUUGGCAGAGAACCGGCUACUGGAACAGGAUGAUCACGGCUUUCCGUCCAGAGGGCAUCCCCGGGCCUCGGACCCUUUGAUUACUUCCACUUUCCAGAAUGCUGGCCUUGGACCGAGACUCCACCCACUCUCGUUCGGAGAAGGAGUUGAAGUUGACCCUCUGCCACCGAAGGAGAUCAGGUACACCUCCUCCGUGAAGUAUGACUCAGACCGGCAUUACGUCAACAAUGUGUUCCUGCAGCACACCUUGGGAGUUGGCUCCUGCAGCCAGACAGUCAUCUGUGUUCCUGACUGCACGUGGCGGAACUACAAGACAGAGUUGAAGUUCGAGUUUCAGCACAAACCGCUGCGGUUCCUCAGCGCAGUCAUCGUGUACCCCAAGUAUGCAAAGACUGUCUACACCACCACUGUGGAUUACAACUGCAGGAAGGCGACCAGGAGGUUUUUGUCCAGUGUGGAACUCGAAGUGACAGACUUCAGCAGCAGUUAAAAUGGUGCUCCCCACUGACGUGUUUUCACCCAGAAAUCCAGUUCAGCUCUCGACUGUCAAAUUGCUUCUGAACUUGUUCAAUACUGUGUUUCUUUACCCUUUGUGUCUUAGUCUCCUAAUUAUUUUUAAUCACAAAAGUUUAGGAUUUCCUUUAGAAAUGUUAAGGCAUAUUAUGUGUAUUAGUUAGGAAACAUAGUGCAAGAAUGCAUUUGAUUUUUUUUUAGAAUUCCUUUUAGUAUGUUCAGACUAAAGAUUGUCGGUGGGGCUGGAGGGUGGUUGCGUUGGAAGCUGUCGGCCACUAAGCCCAGGCUUCAGUCUGUGUGGGGAUGGAGGUUCUCUUGAUGCUCGAUGUGAGAUCCUUUUGGGGAAUGGAGGAUUCUGCUGCCAGACUUGGCUGCUGCGUCCAGCCCGUCGCCGAAAUGGGCGGGUCGGGGAGUGGGGGGGGUGGGACCCCCAAAGGCACAACUCCAAUAAAAUUCCACUGCGCACGUUGGACGGCUUGCUGUGAAAGUAAUUUGGCACAGUUAAAAUUACUCUCGCAUUUAUUAUGCAAGCAAUUGUGUUUUGAAGAACUUGGCCAAAUUACCAUCCACUUUCGAGGGUUUGGUGAAAAUAAACCUGAGGUUUGCAAUACUCAGUUCGCACCAUUGGGUUUUAAUGUGAGCAGUAGGUUAUCUUAACCUGAUCCCUCGCAUAAGUCUGUGAUGAAAGUGUGUAACUAAAUGGUGGCUGACGUUACUGCUCCAACCUGGAUUGGAGAGUUCCAUUAGGAGUUUAAGAGUGGGGCAGUUUCAAGUGUAAUGGUACAUGUUAUUAACAUUGCCCAGUGGAAGGUAAUUUACUGUUUUGCAGUUUGUUGCUAUUCAUUCCUUGUAGAAAUAUCUCCAGGGUUUGUUGAUGCAUAGAGCACCAUCUCCUGUUUCUAACCAAAAUGGAAAACGUGUGUUGUUUUUAACCGACUACAGGGUUUGCUGUUCUGAGAAGAGAACAAGACAAAAUGUAAGAGGCCUUUUUGGCAAGAGCCUGCCGCAAUGUUAUCUGACUGUUCCUUGAAAGCGGGAAUCUUGUCUAUAUUUAUUCACCCAUCUAGCCCAUUUGUACAUAAGUGCUCUUUUCCCCAACCUGUCACCAGUUGCAACCUCCAGCACUUUUAUUGGGGCUUUUCACCUUCUGAGUGUUUUGACUCAAUGAUAUGUAAAUAUUGGAGAAUGAACCAAUUCCUAUGACACUAUGUAGCUCCGGUAAUUUUUAAGAACGCUUCUUUUGUGUAAUUGGUUGCUGAAACCCCAGUAUUGAGGGUGUAAUCCAAUGGGAACUGGGAUCUACUGACCGGACUCCGUUCACAACCAAUCCAAUACCGGGUGUAGUUAAUGCAAAGCUGUGUUGUGGAGGAGAUGUGAGAUGGAGGGACUGAGGGGGAAGAAUACUGAUAGGUGGGUAGGAAAGAUGGGUGCUUCUGAAACAGUUGCUGGCAGACCACUCAGUCUGUGGGGAGGAAAACAAUGGCACUUGGGGUCGAUGACCUUUCAGAAUGUAGAUGGUGAAAAUACUAUUUAAAAUGCUGAGUGACUUAGUCAGAUGUAGUGGAAGGUCUGAAGUAAGUAAGCCAAAGGGUUGUUGGUCUGGAUUAGACUGUGUUGAUGUCUUGAUUCUGCAGCUCCUUUUCAAGACAAUGAUAUUGCCAUGAAGGGAAAAGGGAAUUUGUCGCCAGCCAUUUGUAACAGCAACAUACUUCACAGCUAGCUGCUUUGAUUGGGCUGGGGAAGGGUCGGGAUGAUUUAUUUGGCCACUUUAAAGCAUUCAAACACUUCAAUGUACAGGAAGGGUUCCAGCGAAACAACUUCCCAAUUGUUCGGAGAUUUCAUGCAUGGCAUUUAAAAAGACCAAAAAGGGAGGGGUGGGAGGUUCCGUAAUGAAGCACUUGACUAAAAUGUGACACAAAUGUUUGCACAAAAAUCCCAACUCAGCCCGAGCAGUUCUUUUAAAAAAACUGUACAGGUCUUGUGUACAUAUGUGUAUAGCUGGCUCAAUAAAUAUGGAUUAUUUUAAUGUGUUUGCAAAUGUGUCAUUAAUAAAGUUAAUGUGCAAGAUG